GCAGCACAUCAGCCCGAGAGAAGGGUUCGACACCAACCUCCAUCUGCAGAACUUCAUCUCCCGGCCGCUUCACCCAACCUGUAGACGCUCUCCGACAGUCUGCCAGUCUCCAUCAUGGUGAAGCCGGGUGCUCUGCUUCUCAUGCUGGCAGUCGCUGCCAGCCAGCUUUCUCCAUCUGAAGGGCUGAACAUCAGCGACUGUCCCAUCACUUUUUACGGACGCACAUUCACAUUUGUGGAAACGAACACCACAGGUUUGAAUACCAAGAUUUGUUUCAAGAACAGCCCAGACGGAGAGGCAAUGGACUGUGUUUUCAUGAGUGACCAAAUCAGUACGGAAGCAAUUAAUGGGACUGUACAAACUUCCACAACGGCCCCUGGAUCAAGUCUUCAUCGAGCUCUGCAAAACAUCAGCUCCACUUCAAACUGCCACAUUUCCUUUUCCUUUUUCUGGAAUAACUCGAAUUACAUGAGAGUUAAUUUCCACAACUUUGGCAGACAAUCAGCCCUGGAAAUCGCUACAUUGUCAAACAUUUCUGUGACUCCACUUACUGUGACCCCUCAGUUCAAUAACACAAAUGUGGUUGUGUGGAACUUUUCUGAAAACGAUACGAAGAAUACCAUUUUCAUGGACUUAACCGGAUGCAGACUCUCAGAUUCCCCUGUUGUCACUUCAACAAUCUUGAGCAACAAUCCAGACAGUUGCUCCAGUUUGGUCUGUGAUGCAUUUGGAGACCUCCAAAAUAUCCAUAAAUGUGGAUCCAGGGAGGUUUGCCAGGGUGAAAACAAGUGCAUUAAGAUUGCCGUGUGCACUGUGACCGGCUCAACCGUCAUCGAUUUCUUGAGCACGGUCCACUCAGUCUCUGACCGGUGCGUAUACAGCCUGAUAAGGACUCCAGGAAACUCGAGCAUUAACCUAAUGGCAGGUUUCCGGGAACGUCAUCGUCGAGAUGUGACGUUUUUGGACCACUUGGUGUUACGGCUGAAUGAGACAGGUGUAAAAAUUUACCUGGAGCAAGGUGGAAGAGUUCGGGUUGGUAAACAAAUACUGAAGCUCAACGCCACGGCUCAGCUGGCUCACGGUGUGGAGCUCUCAAAGGACCACACCGGAGUUACUGCCAAGAUACCUUUCGCCAGCACGACCAUCUUUUUUGAUGGAAACACUGCACAUGUGGAAGGACUUAGCAGUGCAGAGGGCUUGUGCAGCAACUCCACCCUGAGUGCAGAGAAGUCCAUGUACAGUCCACCUGGCUGUGAGAUUCAGCACAACGACACCUUUGACAGUACGAUCAACUGCAGUCAGUCAACUGAACACUGCAAUCUCAUGAGGCAGGCACCCUUCACCGCUUGCGACACUGAUCCAGAGCCCUUCAUAACUGCCUGCACGAACACUUUGUGCAAAUACCCAGCGGUGGACGGCCUCAAAUGCCAGUUUUUCGACGCUUAUGCCAGGUCCUGCAGCCUGGAAAAGAACAUCACACUGGAGAACUGGGGGUCAAAGACUGGCUGCUCUGCUGUCUUCCGGGCCUGUCAGGACCACUACUGCAGUAUGCAUGAGUUCUGCGGUGAGCGGUACGGCGAAAGCCGCUGCUACUGCAGGGCUGAUUUUGCCUCCAAGUACAAUCCAACAAACACUUUAGGCGAGCCGACGGUCUGCAGACAGGACACCGCCACUCUUACUCUGGCUGGUUGUUUGAUGGAAAACAAAGGCAUUGACUACUCUGUCUUACACCUUAAAAACCAGAGCUGCAAAGGUCAGAUGGACCAAAAGACCCACAUGGUGACUUUCAGCUUUGACAGCGUCAACGCCUGUGGGACGGAGGUUAUGAUGAACAACAGCCAAGUUAUCUACAAGAACACCAUCAUGUCGAGGGACAACUCUAUGUACAGCAACAUCACCCGCUUCGAAAAAGUGGACAUCGACUUCUCCUGCUACUACGCCAAGCCAAGUGUCAAGAGUCUGGCCUUCAAGAUCAAAGACGGUUCUGUGACGCAGAAGAUUGUAUCUGGAGUUUGGAAUUACACUGUGAUGAUGAACGCCUUCACCGACUACGCACUCACACGCCUUGUCACGGCAUCUACUGAGGUCCUGCUGAACCAGAAGAUCUACGUGGAGCUGAAGGCGCUGGAGCUGGACGAUACAAAGGUCGCAGUGGUGACUAACUCUUGCUGGGCAACCAACAUGCCGGCUUCUGAUUCCGGUGUGCGAUACGACCUCGUCAUCAAUGGAUGUCCGAACCCUGCCGACCAGACGGUGCAGGUGAAAGGAAACGGACAGGGAACGUCCAACGUCUUCUCUUUCAACAUGUUCGAGUUUACUGGGGCAAACAGUGAAAUCUACCUGCACUGCUCACUGGAGCUGUGCCUCAAACAGGGCAACUCCUGUGUCCCGACCUGCAGUGGAGGUGCCAGAAAGCGCAGAUCUCCCAGGACUAAACUUGCAGAUGCAAAACCAGCCCUCAUGACUAUGGCCUGGAGUAAUUAGCUAAGAUAGCACCCCCUUCUGAUUAAUUACUUGGCGUUUCCUGACUGAAGCUUCGUCCCGGCAAGGAGCCUGAAAUCGCACUGGUUUUGAAAGAGUGUUUGAAGUUAUCAUUGGUGUAAUCUGUGCUGAUUUAAUCUGAUGAUUUGUGCAAAUUAAUUAAAUUUUGAAAAAAGAUCAGAAAGAAUUAAACUAAUCAAAGAAGGGUUUAGAUGAUUAUAUUUAAUAUACUACCUCCUGGUUACUGUGCACGCUUUAAAGAUAAAACUUUGAAUGUACACAACCUAAAUGCAGAAACAGGAUUUGUGUUUUUUGUGACGUGAAGAUGCUUUGCAGGGAAAAAUGUUUGAGCCAUUAAGGUCACCUGGGGUCUGAUCUGGACACUGUAGUUACAUGAGGCCAAGUGUGAUUUGCUGUUCAGUCUCGUGGGAAGGGAUAAAAUUGAUUAUUGUAACAUCAUGUUGUGUUAUUGUUGUGCUUAGCAAAAGAAAAUCCCCAAAAAUAAUAAAGUAAGUUGAGA